GCUCUUCUCCGGUUGCAGGCAAAGGUGGUAGGCUCGGCCAGUCCUGGUACCAGUCGCCUGAGAAGUUUUCUCUUCAGAGAGACAACCAUUUCUUAGGACCUCCUCCUCAGAAACCCCCACUGCAAACACCCUCAGGAAGAAAAAAAAUCCCUCUAACGCAAAUGUUGGGUGGGCAACGAUGGUCUGACGAGAAUGAUUAUCCUUGUGCCUUGGUUGCAGGGUCUGUGAGGGAAAAUUUCUGUGUGUGAGAGAGAAUUCCCUCAUGGUGGGACGCUCCAUGGGGAAGAGAGCCACUUGCUCUACCCAGUGAGGGGAGCCUGGGAGAUUUGACCCCAUACCUCCGGGUGAGGGAAGAGAAGGAAAAUGUGGCUCACCAGAAGUUCUUCCCUGUGGCUUUAAAGCUGGAAUUAGACUCUUUCCUGUUGGAAAUUUGGCUCUCUGUGAGGGGAAAUGGCGCGGGGUGUGGAAGGUCACGGGGUAGGAGGCUGUUUGGAGGUGGGAGCGGCGGGAGACGCACGUGGAGGCAUUUCAGGCAGUAGAGAGAGUGAGCGAGGUCGGAGUCUCUGCCUCGUGGUGCUCAUCGCUGCGUCUGUUUGCUGCCCCGAGGCUGGGAGCGCGGGAGGCAUGCUUCUGAGUUAAAUGAUGACAACAUUGCAGAGUAAAGAAGAAUGUGGGAAAGCACCAAAGAAAACCUUUGCCCCACCUGGACAAAAAUCACGUAACCUGAUACUUUAUAGCACUAACUCACCCAAGGAGGGUACCCUGGGGAUCAAUUCCGCAGAGGCAGAUGCCAGACCAAAUCUGCUGAAAGCCAACUUAGAGAAGAAGGAGGAAAAAGCAACCACCAAGAAUGGGCCAAGCAGUGGCCAUGAGAAAAAAGGAAAGACUAAAGACAGUAAGCAAGCAAAGAAGAAAGAAAAGGAAAAAGCAAGUCUUACCAAUGCGGAAUUUGAGGAGAUUGUCCAGAUUGUGCUACAGAAGUCCCUACAGCAGUGCUUGGAGACUUCCUGUGCCCAGCCCAUAUUAUAUACCCACUUAGACAAGGAACCAGAAAUUGCUGCUUCCACUACUGAUCGUGAUAAUGCUGAUGGAGUGGGGGUAAAGGUACCUCAUAUUCUAGAGAUUUCAGCCUCUCAGGAAGAUGGAGUGAUCCCUGAGAUAAAGACUUCUACAGCAGGCCAGCCAGAUCCUGCACCCCCUGAGAAGAAAUACAGUAGACCCUCCUUAAGCAAAAGAAAGAAGGAAACUCAUAAUGAGAAAAUGGAGAAAGCUCAAAGUGGACAUGAACAAGAACAGAAUGACCAGUCAAAUACAACGGAUCAGGGUCAUUCUCAGAUCAGGAGCCAACAAAAUGGAGAGGGAUGUGGUUUUGGUCAAUGUCUAGUCUGGGUCCAGUGUUCCUCCCCACUGUGUGGGAAAUGGAGACGACUGCGUGGGAAUAUUGACCCUUCAGUCCUCCCGGAUAAUUGGUCCUGUGACCAGAAUACAGACUUGGCGCAUAAUCGCUGUGAUAUCCCUGAGGAGAUCUGGACUGGACUUGAGAGUGAUGUGGCCUAUGCUUCCUACGUCCCGGGAUCCAUCAUCUGGGCCAAGCAAUAUGGUUACCCCUGGUGGCCAGGCAUGGUAGAAUCUGAUCCUGACCUGGGGGAAUAUUUUCUUUUUGCUUCACAUCUUGAUUCCCUACCGUCUAAGUACCAUGUGACCUUUUUUGGAGAAACAGUCUCUCGUGCUUGGAUCCCAGUCAACAUGCUAAAGAACUUCCAGGAGCUUUCCCUGGAGCUAACUGGAGUGAAAAAGUGCAGGAACAGGGACUGCUGCCAGAAAUUGGGGGCAGCCUUGAUGAUGGCUCAAGAGGCAGAGCAGAUCAAUAUCGAGGAACGUGUUAACCUGUUUGGUUUCUGGAGCCGUUAUAAUGGAUCUGACAAUAGUGAGGAAAGAAAAGAUGUAACAAUCUCUGGGUCUAAUAGCCCAAGUCCCUCCUUAGAGAAAGAAGAGGAGGAGUCAGAAUUGGAUGAUGAGGAGAAGGAGGAAGAGAACAAAGACCCACCUUUACCCAGUCCUAAGCCAACAAAAAUCCAGACCAAAAAACCCAAGGUAAGAGACAAAGCAAAUGGACAAGUUGGGACCCUGCAAAGAAAGAUGAUGAAGAGAUUUCUGGGAGUUGAAUCCACAGCUCCUUCUCUACCCAUAAUGGGAGGAAAAGAAGGGCAAGCAGACUCAGAUCGUGACCAGCCAGGUCCUAAGAAAAAAUUUAAAGCUCUCCAAAGCAAGGCCUCAGAAACCAGCUCGUCUGAGAAAAAAGAAGCAAGAAUUGUGCCAAAGGGCGAGACCCCACCAGCUCAUUGUGCAACCUGUCCUGUGGUAGGGCAAGAAGAACCUGGACCCCAGGAGCUUCAGCCUCAGGAGGAUGGUGGUGUCCCCCCUCAUGAUGAAGCCUCCAGUGACCUGGAUGUAGACCAACUCAUGGAAGAGGUUGGAGAGGAGCCGCAGCAGAGAGGUGGUGCAGAGGAGUUCACGACGGCUUUCUUUGAGGAGUAGAUGUGUGCUCUCAUAUUCGCACACCCCUUUCCCUGGGAACAGGAGGGAGAACCUCUUAGAAGGGUCUUUGAGAAAUUAAGUGUUGGAUUUGUUCAUUGUCUGCAAGGUUAAUUGACUAAAGUCAGAGUUGUGUAGUUUAUGUGUUAAUAAAACAGUUUGCUGGUUUAAUUGGUUCAUCGCUAGCCAGAUGCUU